AAUUGACAUCGCGGUAAUGCAGAUCGACUGUUUGUGUUGUUUUCGUAGCUGCGAUACGUGCGGCGUUAAGAGAUUUUCCAACUUUUCUUUUAAUUUGUUCCAUUAAUUUCCGUUUUCCAACCAGAAAAUGAUAACUAGUCGAAUAAUUCCCAUCGCUGCACUUGUGCUGUGCCUCUUACACACAGCGUACUCAAUAAAAUGCUGGCACUGCCGGUCGGACGCUGAUCCCAAAUGCGCCGAUCCCUUCGACAACAGCACACUGGCCAUAAUGGAUUGCAAACAGGCUCCCGUGCCUGUGCACUUGCCCGGAGCCCAGGCGACGAUGUGCAGGAAAAUUAGGCAAAAAGUUCACGGCGAAUGGCGCUACUUCCGCAGUUGUGCCUUCCUCGGCGAGCCUGGGAUUGAGGGGGACGAACGCUUCUGCCUGAUGCGAACGGGGACCUACAACAUCUUCAUGGAGUACUGCACGUGCAACAGCAAGGACGGGUGCAAUUCGGCCGACCUGACGGCGCCGGUGCGGUUUCUGGCGGCCACGGUCGCCACCGUGGCCAUGGUGGUCGCAAAGUGUGCCUUCUUCCAUUGACUUAAAGCUCAGAAUCAAAUUAGCGUAAUUUACCCUUUAAGACUUUUAGGUUUGUAGUUUUUAGCGAAUAUGUUCGACCUAGCGUAAGUCACCGUUAAGCACAACUUUCCACGCAACCACUUAGUCUCGAGCAGAGAGAAUGAAUCAUUCCGUCCAGUUUUGUACAAUUUAACUGUUUUUUUCAUUGUUAACGAGUCGAUUACGAAUAAUAAAACGUUUUUUUAUGGCAGAAA